GCGGGACGCGCCUCGCGCAUGUCAUCCCCCUUCGUCGUAUUGGAAAUAGGAUGUUGGUUCGGCGCGGGCGCAGCUCUCUCUCUCUCUCUCUCUCUUCUGCCUCUCAUCUCGGCCGAGGAACGAAAUUCGAAUCGCGCCGCGCAAAGACGACCAAGCGAUCGCCGAUCGUCGCGAGUGUUCGACCCCCCAGGCGCGCUCCACCGGGACGAUCUCGCUGAUUUGAGGUAACAGAUCCACCAUUCGAAAACGGUGGCGACUUUGCGAUCAAUUGGAAAGAACCCGCGCGCCAGGUCCACCUUCAGAGCGAAGCGAACGAACCACUCGUCAUUGCGCUAAACUCCCCGUCGACAUGGCGAACGUCGUCACCACCGACGUUAAACUGUCACGAUGUAACGCCCAACCAUGGGGCUUGCGGCUCUCCGGAGGCGUGGACUUUACUUUCCCCUUAACCGUCGUCAGGGUGACGAUCGAAGGCCUGGCCGAUACAGCUGGUCUGCAAGCGGGCGACGUGAUCGUCCGGCUGAACGGAGAGCCAAUAAGUCAACUCACACACGCGCAAGUCUACAAUAAGCUCGUCAGCGCCGGCGACGAUGUAGUUCUGUCUGUUAUGCGGAGUCACGAGAUCGCGCGACGACGGCAACGGGAGCAGUAACGGGCGUAAUUCCCCCUUCGAUCGGCUCAGUCUCCGCGAACCCGAGCCGCGGAAAAAUCCGCGUCGCGCUGUAAGACGAGACGAGUGGAAUAAAAUUGAUGGAAAAUACCAA